AUGGUGAAAUCGGAAGAUGAGCUCGGCGAAACGCUGGAUCGCUGCUUGGCCGAUACGGCGCUGAAGACGCUGGGUGCUGGCACGGUUGGGCUGCUGGCGGCAGCGCUUUUCAAGCGACAGUUCCCGCUGUGGCUUGGCCUGGGCAUGGGCCUUGGUAUGGGUAUCGCAAACUGUCGACAUGCCAUGAGGAAGCCGUUCAUGCGUGCAGCGCCCGCUAAUCCCGAUGCGAAGGCAGCCAACAACAAUCUGGUGAUGGUGGAGGAGCCGGGUCGAGCUCCGGAACCGCAGUCCCAGUAG